CAUGUGAUCAGCUGUUUCCAAUCACAGCUUAUCGCGUGUAAAUAGGGAAAUGCCGGUUAUCUGCAUCUCUCUUCUCACGAGCCGUCACGCUGACAGCUGCAGUGCCAGCUGUCAGUGUCCAUCAGUGCCUCGUGCCAGUGCCCAUCAGUACCACAUCAAUGCCGCCUGUCAGUGCCACCUGUCAGUGCCAUAUGAGUGCUGCCUUUCAGUGCCCAUCAGUGAUGCCUGUCAAUGCUCAUCAGUGCCCAUCACUGCAGCCUCAUUAGCGCACAUCAGUGAAGGAGAAAAAUCACUUAUUUACAAAAUUUUAUAACAAAAUCUAAGAAACAACGUUUGCUCUUUGAAGAAAAAAAAAAAUUUUUCAGUUGUUUUUGGUUUGUUUAG